AUGCGCCUCUCCUCCAUCGCCGCAGGGCUGACCCUGCUCUUCGUAGCCGCCACCGCGCUCGACAAGCCCCUCGACAUCGAAAUCCAACACUCGGUCGAAUGCACACGGAAGACCAAGAAAGGCGACAAAGUGGAAAUGCACUACCGCGGCACCCUCGCAAGCGACGGCAGCCAAUUCGACGCCUCCUACGACCGCGGCCAACCCCUCAGCUUCCACCUCGGCAAAGGCCAGGUCAUCCGCGGCUGGGACGAGGGACUGUUGGAUAUGUGUGUGGGCGAGAAGAGGAAGUUGACGAUCCAGCCGGAGUGGGCGUAUGGGAGUCGCGCGAUGGGGCCGAUCCCCGCGGAGAGCACGUUGGUGUUUGAGACGGAGUUGGUGGGGAUUGGCGGGGUGAAGAGGGAUGAGUUGUAG